AUAUUGGGAAAAUUAGUGUUACAGAGAAGGCCAGUCGUGGAACUUAGUACUUAAAUUAAGCGGUAAACCUCUUGCAAGCUUUUGCUCCCGGUUGCUUUCUUUUGCGGCGAAGUUAUUUUACCAACAGAAAAUAGUAGGUACAUAUAUAUGUUUAUAUAUAUAUAUAUAUAUAUAUAUAUAAACAUUGAAAGAAGUUUAGUUAAUGUAGCGUUGAGUCUUUUCCCUUGAGUAACAACUUUUAUAUAAAACAGCCAUUUUAGUUUUGACUGCGAGACAUAGUCUAUUUCAUUAUUAUUUUUUCUUUAAUAAAACUUUUCUAACCAAUUUUUAACGAAAAAAUUCAUUAAGAUAAAUUAAAUAUAAAAUAUGCUCCCUUUUUUGAUAAUAUGACGUUACAUUGUUAAAUUAUAUAAAAAAAAUUAAAGAUUUUUUACAAUUUUGUAAGAUUGAGAGAAAAAUGGUGCGAAGAGGUAAGCCGAAAAGGAAAGUCCAAUAUGUUUUCACCAAUCGUAUACCGGAAUUAAGUAGGGUAGGAUGUAAACAUAAUGUAGGCGACCAUUUCGAAAAACCACGCGGUGAUGAAAGUAUAGAAGAAAUCGCUGAUAUGUGGAUAAGAAACGUAGUUAGCAAUAAAGAGGCUUUAAAUAAACUACCUCCCAACAGCUUCCUAAGAGAAGACGACCUGAUUCAAUCUAACUACAAUCAGCUCUCUCCAAGAAGUUUAACUUGGAGACGUUUUCGUGUAUACGCCUUAAAAUCGUUUAGACGGAAAACUAAUAAACAAACAAUGGAGAAUUCUUUAGUUUCUAGGGAGACUGGGGAACAAAAUCAUUUCACUGAAGAGAGAAUUACAUCAUGUAUCCAUGAAUUGAGACUCAGUUCAAUAACAAAGGAAGCCUGUAGUCAAUCUUGUAUUUUGUGUGUUGAACGAUUUUGUUGGGCAAUGUUGGCUGAUGUUUUAAAAGGAUUAAUUUCUCUUGUUCCAAAGGUAUUAAGUCCUAAAACAGAGUUAAAUGAUCAGAAGACUAUAGAAGAAUUAUUGGCUGAAAUGGGAGUAGUUCACGAUAUUGAAAUAUCUACUUCAGACCUAAAGGACGUUGUUGAAGAAGUUUUAGACAAAGAAGAACAAGAUAAAAAUUGUUCUCUACUCUGA